AUGGAGUUUUCCGCUGUUCCCGCACCCGACCUUGUGGAUCGUAUGCGUCGUCUCUCUGUGGGUUCUGAUACCUCUGAAGCUUUCUCCGUCAUCUCCUCUGUGCUAAGCGUCCACUCUCUGGAGUCCAUGAGCGGAGGUGUCAUGGUCGAUCAAGAGCCCGAGAUCCUUCAACCUACUAACAAUGACGACCUUCCUGCUCUUGCCACGAGGAUGCGAUCUAUGGAUAUCAAUCAUAGCACGGAGUCCACCACCAACGCCCCGACCUCCCCUCUGCCUGUGGUGGAAGCACCAAUCAUCCCACGGACCGCCCCGGCUUCCGACACGACCUGCAGCCCGUACUGGUUCCGAUUUUCCGGAUUCGUGCCAAACCCAACCGUCACCUUCAAGAACGAAUUCGUCCGCCUCGCCAAGCACCAAUCAUGGGACGAGGAGAUGCGACGCACGCAAAAAGUCGAAGCCCUCAUGGCCGAAGUCAACUUCUACUACGGGACGUGCAUGAACCGACUCGAAAGCUGGCAAGAGCUGUGCAGCGAAGUUCGCAUAGAGAAGAUCCCCACGUCCAUCACGCAGUGCAAGAAGGCACUCAAGUCCGUCUACGUCAAUCUCUUCAACGUCAUCGAUCAUCGACGGAACCCCGAAUUCAAAGUCAAGGUGUGCGGGUCGUAUGCUGAGUUUGUCAAGUACACGCGGAACGGCCGCACGUUCCCCAGGGCGUGUGCAAAGCAGGGCGGCUUUAUCAAGGUCUUUCUGAGGAGGAUCUAG